AUGCAUUGCCAAAGCUUCUAUCAUUUUGAGCAUGGUCAAAAUGAAUUUCAAUCAAGUUCGUCAAAAAAUAGAGGUAGAAGCUAUAAGGCAAAAAAGAAAAAGAGUAAAAAUAAAGGAGAUCAAGUGACUUCAUUAACACAACAGAAAAUUCAAAAAUUGUUUGAAGAAUUUCUUAGAAGUGUAAUAAGACCAGAAUCAGACAUAUAUAGUAAAGACGAGCAAGCCCAAGACAGAGAUUUCAAGAUUAAUCAAGAUCUCAAGACCGAUCAAGAUCUCAAGACUGAUUGA